AUGCCAAACGAUAAGAACAUUGGAUUUAACGGCGCAGCCAGGUGGACCGUAUUCGAAAAGUCCAAUGACGCCACGGUAGAUCUUAAAAGACGGGACGUAAAACAACCGCCACUCGAGGUUAUUGACGACGGCUUGCCGGAAAGCCUCACGGUUAAGCGAGCCGUUUCCGAAGCUGCUGAUGGUCAGUACGGGAAAGCUAGAUUCAAAGUUAGCUAUGUCCCAAAUGAGAGCAGAACACUUGAGAGACAUGCAAGUUCCAAAAGAUAA